UAUUAGAAGGAUUCAAAAAAAAAAUCUGGCUGCACUGCCCAUUUUUGAUGUGAAGUGUACUAUGCUGGAAUGGAACGCAUGGAAAUUAGAAUAAUGAAUCAGUGUGCGUGAAAGGAAUUGAGUACCGUUAUUUUUCUUCGUGAAUCAGCUCAGUUGUUUGCGUCGUGUCUUUCGGAGUAUACAUUUGAAAGCCGGUCGAGUUAUUUUGAUCUUCUGGGGAAAAACGGAAAACCAAUUUCAUUGUUGUGAAGGGAGUGCAUUUCAGAAAGAUUUUUGUUUGGUGAAAACAAUACGAAAAUGAGUGGAUCGUGGCGUGAGAGCGACAUUUCAUCGCCAGAAGAGUCGUUUGAAAAAGAUGAAAGUGUUGAGAAUGGGAAAAUGGCUGAAGAAGCUGCGAUGGCAAUGCCUGUGUUGGAUAGUGCUCGUGGUGCAUUGAAAAAGGCAAAACAAGUGAAAGCAAAACGGGGAAAAGCCGCUUCGAAAUGGCUUUCAGGAUCAUGGCCGCUUCAACAGUUUGAUGGGGAAUUGCCUCUGAAUAAACGUAAAGCCGAGUGGAUACGGUUCCGGAACCAGUUUGAGCGAAUCGUCGCCUGUAAGGAACCAGUUGAUCCCGUUGUGCAGCUGACGGGAUUGAAAAUAUUUGCCGGCAGUUACCUACUGAGCGUAAUCGAAGCUCAUGAAAAUUUGCUGGUUGGUGCGGAUAACAUUUACAGCGCUACGAUCACAGCGCUGAACAGGUAUUUUGAUCAAACUUGCGACUAUACUAAGGAGAGGAUGAAGUUCCGAGAAAUGCGAAUGGUUGCUUCUGAGCCUUUCGUUGACUGGGUGUUGCGAUUGGAAAAUCAGGCAAAGUUUUGUGAGUUCGAUCCUGAGCAACGUUAUGAAGAAUUCUCCCAGGCGCUGAUCAGGCGCUCUGUGCCGGAAAUCGCAACCAAGCUUUUUGAAAUGAGCGAUGUGUUUCACAACGAUCUUGAGCGGAUUAUGGCCCACGGUAGACACCUUGAUUAUAUCCGACUGAAAACAGAGGAGGUUAAACUAAAUGCAAAGGUAGAAACUAGCACCAAUGCAGAGGGUGUGAAUGAAGCGAAUUUGAUGAAGCCUGUUAACGCAGUAUUCAAUCAGAUGUCCGGAUCAAGUUCAAUGCGCUAUGGUUCUCGUCGUGAAUCACACUCGAAGGGGAAUGGUGCAGUUCGGUUCCGUAACGUGGGUAUGCGUAAUGGAUCAGGACACUAUAGCGCUAACAACCGCAAUUGCUCGAAAUGCGGAAGAAUCCACGGCUUCAAGGAGUGCAGGGCUCAUCGCGUCAAAUGCUACGCAUGUGGAAAAGAGGGUCAUUUCGCUAAGUUUUGUUUCUCAAGAACCAAAGACGAUCUACAGAAUAAACGAGGACGCGUUGAAGGUGGCGAAACGUAUAAAUCUGAGGUUGGAAGGAUCAAUCAGGUAAGAUAGAUUGAUCGGUGAUUAUUUGGGGGUGCACAGAAUGGUCUCUAGGAUAAACAUGCCAAAACAAUAAAGAAAAAUUUCAAAUGAAA